UUCCCCCCCUUCCCUUCAUUUCCCCUUGAACAUUAGCUUCAAGGUGUAUUCGAGUAUAUUGCCAUUUUCUGAUCAGUAGUUUCUUCCUAAAAGAGUGAAUUUAUUAUUAUAGUGAGUGUAUUUUUAAUAUUUUUGUUUCUUACAUAAAAAAAAUUACAUCACACUCACAGACAUGUGGAAACGGUGAUUCAAAUUCCCGGGCAAUUCAGUGUAUAGUAAAGAAGUAGUGCUUACUAGUGCGCUUCACUUUUCUAUUUGUCAAAAGAAUUUUUCUUUUUACUAACAAAUUUUUUUAGAAUUUUAAAAAUUAAUUUAUUUAUUUAAAACUCACUAUAUUUGUGUUUUUGAAAUUUUUUACUUUUUAAUUUAAAAAAAAAUUUUUUUUUUCCAAAAACUGAAAUUAAAAAAAAAUAUAUAGUGCCAGUGAAGAGAAAAUAUUAAUGAACAUUUUUUUGAAAAGAAGACUUGGAUUAUCCGCAAUUUUGUAGGUUUGAUGUUUGCAGUUUGAUGAAGAUUUUAAAACGUCAUAUGCAUUUUUUCACGGAGGAUAAUUGUUUUGUUGGUGAAGGGGUCAAGAAAUGACAGGAAGUCGAAGUAGUGAUAUAGGAACUGGAGCAAUAAAAAUACAAAAAGAUGGCCACAAGCAUACUGUUCAUUGGUUCAGAAAAGGGUUGAGACUCCAUGAUAAUCCUUCAUUUCAAGAAGGUCUUAUAGGUGCUUCUACUUUUCGAUGUGUCUUUGUCCUUGAUCCUUGGUUCGCAGGAAGUACCAACGUCAGCAUUAAUAAAUGGAGCAUUCUUUUCAGAUUUUUACUUCAAUGUCUUGAGGAUCUGGACCGCUCUUUGAGGAAGUUGAAUUCUCGACUUUUCGUUAUUAGAGGUCAACCGGCAGAUGCACUGCCGAAAUUAUUUAAGGAAUGGGGAACUACAAAUCUCACAUUCGAGGAAGAUCCUGAACCAUUUGGGCGUGUAAGGGACCACAACAUCUCGGCAAUUUGUAAGGAGCUCGGUAUCUCAGUGAUUCACAGAGCUUCGCACACUCUCUACAAAUUGGACGAGAUACUAGAAAAAAAUUUGGGAAAGACACCUUUAACGUAUCAUCAGUUUCAAAAUGUUAUUGCCAGUAUGGAUCCUCCUGAGCUUCCAGCUCCGACAGUAACAUUGACUUGUAUUGGAAAUGCUUUUACGCCCCUAAAAGAGGACCAUGAUGAGCAAUAUGGAGUGCCUACUCUUGAUGAACUUGGUUUUGACAUUACAGGUCUUCUGCCUCCAGUCUGGAUAGGUGGUGAGAGUGAAGCUCUUGCACGUCUAGAACGUCAUCUUGAAAGGAAAGCUUGGGUGGCGAGCUUUGGUCGACCAAAAAUGACUCCCCAAUCUCUUCUAGCAAGUCAAACUGGCCUUUCACCUUAUUUACGAUUCGGCUGCCUUAGUACAAGACUUUUCUACUAUCAAUUAACUGAUCUUUACAAAAAAAUAAAGAAAACAGUACCUCCACUUUCUCUGCAUGGUCAAUUACUUUGGAGAGAAUUUUUUUACUGUGCAGCAACAAACAAUUCUAAUUUUGAUAAAAUGCAAGGAAAUCCAAUUUGCGUACAAAUACCAUGGGACAAAAAUGUCGAUGCUCUUGCCAAAUGGGCUAAUGGACAGACGGGCUUUCCUUGGAUCGAUGCGAUAAUGACUCAACUGAGGGAGGAGGGUUGGAUUCACCACUUGGCUAGACACGCUGUCGCAUGCUUCUUGACCAGAGGUGACCUUUGGAUCUCCUGGGAGGAAGGGAUGAAGGUUUUUGAUGAAUUGUUGUUGGAUGCUGAUUGGUCAAUAAAUGCUGGAAUGUGGAUGUGGUUGUCCUGUAGUUCAUUUUUCCAACAAUUUUUCCACUGUUAUUGUCCAGUGAGAUUUGGUAGAAAAGCAGAUCCAAACGGUGACUACAUACGGCGUUAUUUGCCUGUCUUGAAGAAUUUCCCAGCGAGAUAUAUUCACGAGCCUUGGAAUGCCCCGAUGUGUGUUCAAAGAGCAGCCAAGUGCAUUAUUGGAAGGGAAUAUUCCUAUCCUAUGGUCAACCAUAAUAAAAGCUCUCGAAUCAACAUUGAACGAAUGAAAAAUGUUUAUCAACAUUUAAACAAAUAUCGUCAUCCUGAGGUUUUAAUUUCUCUUCUUACAUCGAAUACAACUGAAAAUCCACCUGAUGAAGAGAAUCAGCAGAAAAAAACUGAAAAUAAUAUCUCGAACGAUGUUAGAAAAACAGAAAUUAUUGAUAAACAAAAUUAAAAGUGAUUUAGAUGAAAAGAAAAAAAAUAUAUUUUCUGUGAUUUGAGUUUAAGCGUGAAAUUAAAAAAUUAUUAUUUUCAAAAUAUUAUAGAUAAAUAUUAUGAAAAUUUUGGACAAUAACUUGAAAUUUUUCAUGAAGCAUUGUUUUUUUUCCCAAAAAAUGGAACUUGAGACCUCAAAGUAUUGACUGAGUUUAUUUUUUUAACAUAGAUUUUGAUAUUAAUGAGACCUGCAAAAAGUCUUCCUUCAAGAUUAUAUAAAUAUUUCAAUGAAAUCUACGAAUUUCUAUGUACAUGUAAAAAUUUAAUUAAAAAUUUCGAUUUCAUAAAUUUUUAAAAGUUAACAUUCAAAUGUUCAUCAUCAUCAUUAUCAUUGUCAAUUAUAAAUUAUUAUCAUUAGUUUAUAACUUUCGAAAGAUAGUGAAACAUUUUUUAUAACAUAUCUAAGGUACUACCUGAAUUAUUUUAAU